AUGCCAUCACCCCUGAGCAUAGGCUUAUCAUCUCCAAUCUUGCCGCCAAAGCAUCAUCCUCACUCGUCCCGCCCUUCCCGCCAAACCACAAUGGCAACUCCUUCUUCUUCUUCUUCUUCUUCUUCUUGGAGCAGUACUAGUCUGAUAGAGUAUGUGGGCCAAGGAGGUGGCCAUGUGGGUGAUGAUCUUGUGCUGCUCUUCCAUCACAUAGAGUACGCCUGCAAGAGAAUCGCUGCUCUUGUCGCCUCUCCUUACAAUUCUACCCUUUCCAAACGCAUGCCUCUCCCCUCCUCUUCUGCUGACCGAGAUGCCCCCAAGCCCCUCGACAUUCUCUCCAAUGAAAUCAUUUUGUCAUCUCUUAGAAAUUCUGGAAAAGUAGCUGUCAUGGCUUCAGAAGAAGAUGAUACUCCGGUUUGGAUAUCUGAUGAUGGCCCGUAUGUAGUAGUAACAGAUCCUCUAGACGGUUCACGAAACAUUGAAGCAUCCAUUCCCACUGGAACAAUCUUUGGGAUUUAUAAACGCCUUGCAGAGCUGGAUCAUCUACCAAAGGAGGAGAAAGCUUUGUUGAAUUCACUCCAGGCUGGAACUAGGCUUGUAGCUGCUGGUUAUGUUCUUUAUUCAUCAGCCACAAUAUUCUGUACCAGCUUUGGUUCUGGAACACAUGCAUUUACGCUGGAUCAUUCAACAGGAGAUUUCAUUCUCACACACCCAAGCUUAAAAAUUCCUCCUCGCGGACAAAUAUACUCUGUAAAUGAUGCUCGAUACUUUGACUGGCCUGAAGGGUUAAGGAAGUAUAUAGACACUGUGAGACAAGGGAAAGGCAGAUACCCAAAGAAGUAUUCUGCCCGUUAUAUCUGUUCUUUGGUAGCUGAUCUUCAUCGAACUCUGCUGUAUGGUGGUGUUGCAAUGAAUCCGAGGGACCAUCUACGUCUUGUUUAUGAAGCUAACCCUCUUAGCUUUCUAGUGGAGCAAGCUGGGGGCAAGGGUUCUGAUGGUAAAAAUAGAAUUCUUUCAAUACAGCCAAUCAAGCUGCAUCAAAGGCUGCCCCUAUUUUUGGGAAGUCUUGAGGACAUGGAUGAGUUAGAGAGUUACGGAGAUGUACAGCAGAAAGUGAACCCGGGAUAUGAAGUUUGAGUGGUCACUAAGAUCUUUUUCAGGUUCGAAACCCCUUAUAUUGUUUACCAUUCCAAACCGUAAUUGUGGCACAAUGCACUAUGUUCUCGUCAACUAGACAAACAUGAAGAGUGAGACAUAAGGUCGCCUGAAUCUGAUCAUGUAGAUAGUGCUAAACCCCAAAUGGUGUAUAUGUAAUUUCUUUUAAUUAGAUGCUUCUGUUUCAUA